AUGGCCAGGCUGCUUCUUGCCGCCGCGGAGAUUGCUGCCGUGGCUGGUCUGAACGUCCACGAUGCGCCCUCCAGCGACGCUCUAUCGCGCACAGGCGUCGCUACAGUGCUUGACCCGGAGAUGACCAAUGCCGCCCUCGAGAAGUUCCACGUCACCACUCCAGGGGAGCACGCCGUGAUCGUGCUGCCCGACAAUGCCGACCUGGAGAAUCCGGCCGCUGCCGACCUGAUUGUUUACGCCACGUUCGGGAAGCUCACCGACGAUGCAUGCGAAGACCUCCUCAUUCGCACUGUCACAUUUGAGGGAGCCUCCGUCGGAACAAACAUCACAAAGCUUGUAUUCAACGUGGGGAGCGAUAAUUUCAACGACACGGCAGCCCAUGAAUACACGUACACCUUUACUGACAGUGAAGGCAACUCCCAGGAGGUUACCAACACCGAUGCCAGGCACCUCUUCGACAACGUCCCGAUGUGCUACAUGGGCACUCCACGGGGCGUCAUCAGAGAGCCCACGUACAGGACCUACAUGCACCGCCAGAGGAUCAUGCAGGCGGAGUGCAGCCUGAACAGCCUGAGCCGCGGCCACGACAUCAAGGUGUACUGGAGCACGGUGUGGCGUGGGUUCAACAGCACCACCAACUCGUCCAUCUUCGCCAACGACCUCUCCUUCAGCAUCGGGAACGUGGCGAACGCCGGGGGCAUCCUCGGCUCGGACGACCACUCGGCGAUCUCCGCGGCGAUCCCCGGGUGCAACAAGAAGCAGCCGGUCCUCGGACCCUACCAGACCAGGAUCGGCGGCGCGCCCAGGGCCCCUGCUCUGCGGCCUGACUGCUGCGGCGCGCUCUUCCGCCGCCCGAUGUACGAGGCGCCGGACCGCCGCCUGGACGGCAGGCUCUGGGAGUGCGGCGGGUGCUUCACGAGGAAUUUCAGAGACUCCGACGCGGUCUGCCGCACCUGCGGCACGAAGUCCGCGGGCUUGCUGGAGCAGGAGCGCCUCGAGCGCUUGCGGCAGGAGGCCGAAGAGCGGCGCGAGGCCGAGGCGCGCACGGAGCGGGAGAGGACGGAGUCCCUCACCGUCAAGGACCAGGGGCCAGGCUGGGAGGAGGGCUCAAAACUGAGGCCCUUCCAAGGGGACGCUCUCGACAUGCAGCCCAAGCCGCCGAAGAAGAAGAUGGAGCGCCACGAGAUGAUGAGGCUCCUCGAAUUUGCAGCGCGCAAGGCCGGGCUCAAUCCCGACUGGUCCAGUUGGUGAAGGCGGCUGCUCGCAGCAGGAUGUUCGCGGGGUCCUGGGCGGACCGUGACCCUCGUAGCCCCAGCCCCUCGCCUCGCUUCCCUGGGCGUGCCCAGGCGGGCGCGCAGGGAGGCGCGGCCCGCGGCCCC